AUGCAACAAGUAAACGGACUUUUUAUCAAUGCUAUUUAUAACAAUGAUAAUACAAAUACAAUCGCCAAUUUCGGCGAGCUAUUUUCAAGAUUUAUUGGCUUACUUUAUAUCAUGGUCAAUAAGUUUUUACCCACAGAAGAAAUUCGCCAAGAAUAUCGCCAAAGAAAUGGGGGAAACGAUAACCUUGUACGUGCCAACGACGUAUUUUUUGCGGUGCAUGCUCUUGGUGUCAGUGCUUUUACCUUAUAUCAGUCGUUCAUAUAUAAGCGAGAUAAAUACCAACGAAUUUCUCCGGUUGCUCAAUCUUUUAUAAUUCUAUCAUUGUUCGGAAUACUCGGGUUAUUUAUUCGAGUGCUUGCCAGUGGCAACGGGAAAGAAUGGAUUGAUUUAUUUUAUUUUUUAAGUUAUAUCAAACUGUGUAUUAGUUUAAUUAAAUAUUUGCCACAGGCGCAUCUAAAUUACAAGCGAAAAAGCACAUCCGGAUGGAGCAUUCACAAUAUUCUAUUGGAUUUUACAGGUGGCGCAUUAUCUAUAUUUCAACUGAUAUUUGACGCGUACCUCGCAAAUGAUUGGAGUGGCAUAUCAGGGGAUCCCGUCAAAUUUGGUCUAGGUUUUCUAAGCAUCCUAUUCGACUUGGUAUUUAUGAUACAACACUAUAUCCUCUAUCGACAUCCACCUAAAUCACUCGAUGACGAAGUUGUGCCACUACUUAACAAGAAAGAAAUAACGAACCAAGAUGAUCUUGUAACGCGAUACGUGUAG